CGGGUCGCGAUUAUUGGACGAGCGCUCCCGGGACACUGGGGCGAGGCUAAUUAGCAUACAAUCUGGGUCCGCCCAGCCGCCUUCACCUCGUGCCCUCUGACCUCGCGGCCUGAGGCUGCUCUACUGCGGGCGGCGAGUCUCUGCGGGGCGGAAGCCGGGCUGCCCCCGGCAGAUGGGGCCGGGGCUGCGCACCCCUCUCCGCCAUGGAAAGCGCCGGCACCCCUGCGGCUCCUGGCACAGGACGGAGUUCGCAAAAAAAUCACCAACACCACUUUAAGAAAAGUAGCAAGGCAAGUACAUUGCCUCAACACAGAGACCUGACGGGACCUGGCGCAAGCAGCGGAAGGUCAAAGAAGGCUACGUGCCCCAAGAAGAGGUCCCAGUGUGCGUGGUAUGAAAACAAGUAUGUAAAGUUUUUCAAGAGUAAACCAGAACUACCCCCAGGGCUGAGCCCUGAGGCUACCACACCCAUCACCCCAUCCAGACCUGAAGGUGGUGAACCUGGCCUUUCCAAGACUGCCAAACGAAACCUGAAACGCAAGGAGAAGAGGCGGCAGCAACAGGAGAAAGGCGAGGCUGAGGCUUUGAGCCGGACUCUUGAUAAGGUGUCUCUAGUAGACACAGCCCAAACCCCCAGUGCUCUCCAAGGCUCCCAGGCAGCCCCCAUAGCCACCUCUGACCCACCUGACUCAGCUGCCACCACAGAGAGAGCCAAGAAGAUAAAGAACCUAAAGAAGAAGCUUCGGCAGGUGGAAGAGCUGCAGCAGCGAAUCCAGGCUGGGGAGGUCCGCCAGCCCAGCAAGGAGCAGCUGGAGAAGCUAGCCCGGAGGAGGGCUCUGGAGGAGGAGCUAGAGGACUUGGAGCUGGGCCUGUGAAGCCUUUGGGAGAAGGGAAUGGACUGCAGAUAAACCAUGGGGUGCUCUGGGGUCCAGGGGUGUGUGGGCAGCCGUGGUCAGGAGGGAUACCCCAUACAGGCUCACUCACACCUCUUGCAGCCUAACUCCGUCCUCCAGAGCCUAGUCUCUCCUUCAUUCCUUCCCCACUCUUCCCAAUUCCCCUAUUUUUGGACUUUUCCCCUCCCAUUCCCAGUGUUCAAAACUUCGGUGACUACCCUAGGUACCUUUGCUGCUGAUUUGGGUGUCUUGUUUUUAAAAGAAAAUCGGGGAUAGGGGAGAUGAGAACUGACGUUGAGGGUCUAGGGAGUACGCCCAAGUCUUGGAGUCUUGGUUCCUGUUCACAGUGUUUAUGAGUUAUUUCCCUGUCCAUCCUGAACCUUGUCUUUUUUUUUUUUUUUUUUUUUUUAAAAAA